UCCACUUCAUUCGUUAGGAAAUAAAUCCUCUUUAGUCAAGUACACGUAACAGGAAAUCUCCAUGGGAUUUUAAAUUGCAUUAUAUUCAAUUAAUACUGGCACAUUAACAGGCAUCAGCUGAGGAAUCACAUAUCUAAAUACUGCCACACUAACUAACAAUGUUUCUUGUUGAAAGGUCCAACAUUUCAAAGUUACAAUGAAUCCUCCAUAUGCUGCACAAGAUGCAGCUCGCUGUCAAAUUUGCGAGACCGCUGUUGUCCACAUGCACUGCCACUCUUGUGAAGUCAACCUGUGCAUGGCAUGUAUUGGAAAUCAUGUGACUUUAAACCCCAGAACAGAACAUCAGGUACUAGGCCUGGAUUUACAUAAAUCUUCCCUGACAUUCACAAAAUGCUGCACCCAUCCUAACCAGUGUUGUCAAUUUUACUGCAAAGAAUGUGACAUUCCAGUCUGCUCAAAAUGCAUUUCUUCUGAAAAGCAUAGCCGACACUUAUUCUUGCAAAUGUGUCAAGUUUUUGAAUCUCGAAAGAGCACUAUAGAAAAAGACACAAAAGCUCUAGAAGAUGUUGUUUGUCCGAAAUAUGAAAAUAUUGCUCAAGACAUCGAGAACGAAUUGAAAAAUCUGGAGAGUGAAUUCAAAAGAAUUACCACAAUGGUAUUUGAGCAUGGAAAAGAAUGGCACCGAAGAAUUGAUCUCCUUGUAAGCAGACUAAAAACAGAAAUUAAUGCAAUCCGGGAAAAUCAAAUCUAUGCCUUGAGAAAACAACUGUCUCACGUGAAAAACAAAAUAAUUGCUAUCAAUGAUGCAAUAGAUGAAAAUAAUGGAGCACUAAGUUCUAAGGAAGUUAUCAGGACAUUAGAUUGCAAAAUCAAAUUCACAAAUUUCAACCAGCUUCCUCCUGCUUUGUAUAUACAAAGUCCCAUCUUUUCAACUAGAUCAAUCACAGAUGAGGAAGUCAGCCAACUUUUUGGUUCUUUGAAGACUCUUCCCAUUACAGUACAAAAGGAAAGUGAAACUUUAAAUGACCCAACAAAAUUGUCACCAACUCAGUUUCUUGAGGAACCAGAGCUUGUUUCCAGUUUCUAUACCAGUUUUCAGAAACUUUGUAAUGUUGAAUACAAAAAUGCAGAGAAUAUUUGGACCAGUGGAAAAGACGGUACAAUCAAAAAGUUUAACCUUCAGGGAUCCUGCCUGAAAACUAUCAUAACUAGUUGUGGAACAUGGCCGGCUGACAUUGCAUGGAAUCACACCGGAGAACUCCUGUAUUCUGAUUCCGUUGCCAGAUCUCUGAAAAUCGUGAAAAGGGGACCAGUGAAAAAUUGGAUUAAAUUCAAGUUCUGGAAGCCUGGCAACAUAUGUGUCUGUUUCUCUGGCGAUCUUCUGGUGACUCUGUGCAAUGACGAGGAGACACAGGUGAAAGUUGUACGUUACUCUGGGCCCACUGAGAAACAGACAAUUCAGUUUGACGAAGAGGGUAAACCCCUGUACUCAGGAAAUUCAAAAAUAAAAUACAUAAGCGAAAACAGGAACCUCGAUGUCUGUGUGGCUGACAGUCACGCUGGAGUAAUAGUGGUGGUCAACCAAGCUGGGAGAUUCCGAUUUAGAUACACUGGUCAUCCCAACAGCAGCAAGGCAAAACCGUUCAAACCUUACGGAAUAACGACUGACAGUUGGAGUCAGAUUUUAACCUCAGACAGUGAUAAUCAUUGCAUUCAUAUCUUGGACCAGACUGGACAGUUCCUCCAUUACAUUAAGAACUGCCAUUUGCAGAAUCCACACGGAUUAUGUGUGGAUGACAGAUUCAAUCUUAUCGUGGCCGAAUACUACAGCGGAAUGAUCAAAAUCAUCAAGUACAUCCAUAAAUAAUGGCUUCCACCGAUAAACACUCAGAUCAUGGCCUAGUGCACUUUAUGAAGUAUGCAGGCGUUAGGCGUCGCCGUUUAUAUCCUCAUGUAUAUUUCAAAACAGACAUUUAUUUCUUAAAUGGAUUCCACUGCUGCAUAUGGACUCAAUCAGAGCAUGACUGAGUGGAACAGUUGAAUGAUCAAAAUAAUCAUGUUCAUCAAUGAUUAAUGAGUUCCACUAACAGAUACUAAUUCAGGUCGAGUUGUGAUAGGAUUUCACUUUGAUUGAUAUGCAAAGUUUUGUAACUUGUCUAAUCAUCUUAUCAAAAGUUUUAUUUUACAUAUCAGAUGCAUACCAAUUCUCCAAUGGUAUCCUGAAACACAAAUAAGUUGCAAAUGGAGUGUUCGGAAUUUACAAGCACUUACUACAUCGAAUCAUCUUGUCCUUACCAUCAAAUUUGGAAAGCUGUGUUAUGUCAUCUCCUAAUUCUGCUGUAUCAGGAAGGGCCUGUUUUACUUUUAAAUUGGUUUCCCUGUAAAACAAUCAAUUGAACAUGAGUUUACUUCCACUGCAAUAUCCAGUGAAAAAAAUUCAAACUUCUGCAAUCAAAUGACAGAGUCAAAAUUAAAAUUAGAAAUACAUAGAUGUAUAAUAUAUAUAAAAAAAAUUUUUUAAAAAGACUAUCGUGCAAGAUGUUUUUUAAAAUAGCACACCAAAAUAUCCUAAAUACGGGAUACAGUUGAAAACACACUUUGAAAUUUGGUGUUCAUUAGUGCCUUAAAGUGCACAGUAAAAUAUAGCUAUAGUGAACCCAUUUAUAAUGAACAACCACUUAUAACAAAUUUUCAUUCCAAACAAACAUAAAAAAUAAUAAAGAACCCAUUGGAUAUGAAUUUUCAUUCUCAACAAACAUAAAAAUAAUGAAAACCUAUUGGAUACAAUGAAUGAAAACUAUCAAGGAGCAAACAGGAUGUCCCAGACACUUUAAUAUAAUUGUGUUUUACCGUAUAUAGUUUGUACAUAGGAUCAAAUAAGCAAUGGGGCUAAUUUGGCCCCCUAAGAUAAUUUCAAUGUUGAUUUGUACCAAGCUUGGUUGAAAUUGGCUAAGUGGUUUUGAACACGAAGAUGAAAAUGUGAAAAGUUUAUGACAACGACAGACAACGGAAAGUUUUCAUCAGAAAAGCUCACUUCAGCCUUCAGUUCAGGUGAGCUAAAAAAAUCAAUAUCAAUGCCCAAAAAGAUAAUGAAUCAAUAUUGGUGCAUAACUACAAAAUUUAGAGAGUUGAACUCAGGUCAUUUAAUUUACUGGUACGUUACAAAAAAUGCACAGUUCCAUCAAUGAUACCUACCCAUCUAGUUCUGCUGUUUCUAUGUAGCACAAACUGUGAGGUUCACUUGUGGACAGGAGCAAGAGAUCAGCCUAAAUACAGAAAACAAUAGACAAGAUCAGCCUAAAUACAGAAAACAACAGACAACACAUUCAUUAGCCGGUCUACAAUGAAAUAUAUAAUCCUUGCAUGAUACCAAGUGGAAAUAUACAAUUAUUGCAUGAUACCAAGUGGAAAUAUAUAAUUAUUGCAUGAUACCAAGUGGUAAAUGAAGCUUUAUGAACACCUCCAGGGAUACCGUUUUACCAUUUGUGAAUAAAAAUUCAAAUGUCCAGAACAUUCA